UUAAUUUAUUAAUUUAAGAGGCAUGUAUCAAAAUAUUUCCUUCUCUGAUUUUGAAGUGUGAGGUAGACAUUGUGGUGUUGAAUGUUGAUAACGUGACUGAUCUCUCUCUCUCUCUCUCUCUUCAAAGACUGUUGGCAGUGUCAACUGUGCAAUCCAAUCCAACGCGCUUCUUUUCCAUUUCCAUUCUAUUUUGCAGAUCUCUUUCCUCAUCCGUUAGUUGAAAUAAAUGGCCUUGGUCACCACUGCUGAAGUGUGUGAUGCAAAUCCACAGUUAAUUUUGAGUGGGGAGCUUCGUGCCCUUCAGCCAAUUUUUCAGAUUUACGGUCGAAGACAAGUCUUUGCCGGACCUAUAGUUACCUUGAAGGUGUUUGAAGACAAUGUCUUGGUUCGGGAGUUUCUUGAAGAGAAAGGCAAUGGACGAGUGCUUGUUGUGGAUGGUGGUGCCAGUUUGCGCUGUGCUAUAUUGGGUGGUAACCCUGUAGUGCAAGCACAGAACAAUGGUUGGGCAGGUAUUAUUGUUAAUGGAUGUAUAAGAGAUGUUGAUGAGAUUAAUGGUUGUGAUAUUGGUGUGAGAGCUCUUGCUUCUCAUCCUAUGAAAGCCAAUAAGAAAGGCAUGGGAGAAAAGCAUGUUCCCAUUACUUUUGCUGGGACAAGGAUCAGUGAUGGAGAAUGGCUUUAUGCAGACACUGAUGGAAUUCUUAUAUCUCGAACAGAGCUUUCUGUUUGAUUUCAAUUCAUGUGUUUGGAUUAUAUUUACUGCCAGGCAAGGCAUGUCUUAGUGCAGUGUUUUCUGUAUUUGUGUUUCUUGACCCCAAUUUCCUUGCUUUCACAAAAUUGUAACCCUAUUAGUCUCUUAUGAUAAUGAAAGUAGGUUGUGUUUGUCCAUUUUAUUUUUAUACCCCAACUUUAUCUCUGUUUUCAAUUGCUGUCA